UGGCAGCAAUAAACCAAAAGCUAACAGUCCUCAAACAUACACAUAGCAAAAGAGAAGAACUAAGCUAAGCUAACUGUAAUGGCUACCAACAUAGACCAGAUUUUUUGCGACUUUGUGAUGAAUAAAAUCAAAGAAAUCGAGGAUGAAAGUCAGGAAAAGAGCCAUACAGUGCAGGUAGCUUCUAACACCACAGACGCACACGCUGACCGACAGACCGGAACCAAUAAAGACGAGACCGCGAUCAUCACCAAAAACGAAGUCCCGGACGCUACCUCACGAGGCGGAAGCGGCGAGGAGGAACCGGGUACGACGCGCAAGAAGAGCAGAAAGCACAAAAAGCACAAAAGCAAAAAGAAAAAGAAGAAAUGCAGGGAGGGGAAGGAGAGCAGCUCGGACGGCGAAUCGGACGGAGAGACGCAGAGCAUAAAGAAAAAGAAGAGAAAGAAAAAGAAGAAGCGCAAAGAAAAAAGAAACGGUUCCGGUAGCUCCUCGGCGUCCGAGUCGGAGCCCGCGAAGGCCCUCAGAGAGACCGCGGAGUCCGGGGGAGCGCCCCGCCAUCUACCCGAUAUCGUCCCGAAAGUCGAGCCGACGUCCGACAGAAACGCAGAAUCCGAGGCGGACGGCCGACAGAACGGAGCUCGGCGCUCCCGUUCCGCGUCGGAAUCGAGACGGAGAUCCAAGUCGCCGUCUACGUCGAGAACGAAACCCAAACGGAGAAGCCGAUCCAGGUCGAGGUCUAGAGUGAGAAGGAGCAGGUCCGGGUCAAGUCAACGUUCCAGACGUUCUAGAUCUCGGUCUAAAUCGAGAUCUGGUUUUGAAGAGAGACACGGAAACGGUGCACUGGUACAAGUCGGCAGCAACGAUGCCACUGUGAACCAAGAGCAGUCUGGGAAUUCUGGGAAUUCCUCCGACAGCCUUACCAAUGGUAGACCUGUGGGCGAUGAGCAAGAGAAGAAGCUCACAGGUUCGUGGCGACCGAUUCCCUUCUUGGAAGGGAAUGCUUCUAGUACUAAGACCGACCCCACAGCCGAGUUGACGCAGGACGUCAAAGAUCUUCCCGAAGAUCGGUCUAGUACGUCUAAAGAUCCAAAGACCGAAAGUGAAGAGCAGGUCCCUUGCGCAAAGCCUGAGGCCUCCCAAUCGAGGUCCGGAUCAAGAUCUCCGCAUAAACGUAGAAGCUCCAGACAUUCGUCCAAGGACAGCGCAAGGUCUCAAUCGCAAAGGAGGUUUAAACCCAGACGUUCCGAAUCCACGUCUCCAGAAAGGAAAAAAUCGAAGGCCGGUUCGCCAGAGCGAAGGAAAUCCAAGUCCAGGUCUCCAGGGAGAAGAAGAUCGAAGUCCCGUUCUAGAUCCAGGUCUUCGAAAAGGAAGACAUUAAAGGCCUGUUCACCAAGGAGAAGGAAAUCAGAAUCCAAGUCUCCAAGGAGAAGAAGAUCAAAGUCUCGUUCUAGAUCAAAGUCUCCGAGAAGAAAGAGAUCCAAGUCUCCAAAAAGAAGAUCAAAGUCUCGAACAAGAUCAAAGUCGCCAAGAAGGAAGAGAUCAAAGUCUCGAACCAGAUCAAAGUCUCCAAGAAGAAAGAGAUCAAAGUCACGUUCUAGAUCCAAGUCCCCGAGAAGGAAGCGUUCCCGUUCCCCCGGGAGACGGAUGACCUCCAGGAGUUCCAGGUCCCCAAACAGAAGGAGGUCUCGCUCCCGGUCAAGAAGGUCCAGGUCCGGCUCUCGGUCCAGAAGGAGGGGCGAUUUUAGAAGUCGCACGUUCAACCAGAGGGACCGGUGGAAACGGCAGCCGAGUCGUUCCCCCGUGGUCAUCCUGCGGAAGAAGGGGUCGACCUCCGGCGGUCGGCGCAGCGCCAGCAAGACGCCCCCGCGCCUCACCGAGCUCGAUAAAGACCAGCUGCUUGAAAUCGCCAAGGCUAACGCGGCGGCCAUGUGCGCCAAGGUCGGGAUGCCGAUCCCGGACAGCCUCCGACCCAAGACCGUCCUGCAGCUCCCGUUCUCGUCUCUGUCCGGGAACCUGAACGCCGCCGUGGCCAGCAUGACGGCCGCCACCAUGACGGCUGCGCUGUCCGGCAUGGGCGCCCUGGCCGCCCUGUCGCAGCUGGCCCCCCUGCCCGCGAUGGCCAACAAGCCCCCGUCGUCGGCCGCGUCCAACCUGGUGUCCGUCGAGGAAGCCAAGAGGAAGUUGGCCAAAGAGGCCAACAGCUACAGCAUCAAGGAGCUGACAGAAAAAUGCAAACAGAUCGCGGAAAGCAAGGAGGAGAUGGCCGUCGCCAAGCCGCACGUGUCGGACGACGAGGACGAUGACAAGCCCUUCGGAUCCGCAUCCCUUAAGGACAUUAAGGGCAUCACGUUCAGUCUCGGUAACCCCUCGGUGAAGCCGGCGGUCAGGACGGAGGCCGCCUUCGCCAAGGAGUUCCCCGUGUCUUCGGGCUCGCAGCACCGUAAGAAGGAGGGAGAAGGAGCGUACGGGGAGUGGACGCCCGUGGAGAAGAAGAGCGACAAGGCCGAGACCUCGCCGGGGUCCGCCGAGACCGAGGUCCAGGGCAAGGACAGCGACAGCGUCUUCCCAGAGGCACCCGCACAGCCGGUGGACAUCACACUGGCGGUCAGCGAGAGGGCGGUGGCGCAGAAGCGACUGGCCGAGAAUCCCUUCGACAUCAACGCCAUGUGCAUGCUGAACCGCGCCCAGGAGCAGGUGGACGCCUGGGCUCAGUCCAACACCAUCCCGGGUCUCUUCACCGGCUCCACCGGCGCCCAGGUGCUGUCGUCCGACGAGCUGUCCAACAGCGGGCCGCAGGCGUGGAUCAAAAAGGACCAGUUCCUGCGGGCCGCGCCCGUCUCCGGAGGCGUGGGGGAGCUGCUGAUGAAGAAGAUGGGCUGGCGUGCCGGCGAAGGCCUGGGCAAGCACAGAGAGGGCACGGUCGAACCCAUCGUGAUCGAUUUCAAGACCGACCGCAAAGGACUUGUAGCGGAGGGGGAGAAGACCCAGAAAUCUGGCAACAUGGUGGUGAUGAAGGAUCUUCUAGGAAAGCACCCGGUGUCCGCUUUAAUGGAGCUGUGUAACAAGAAGAGAUGGGCCCCGCCCGAGUUCGUCAUGGUGCUCCACACCGGCCCCGACCACCGGAAGAAUUUCCUCUUUAAGGUCGCGGUGAACGGGUGCGAAUACCAGCCUCAGACGGCCAGCCCCAACAAAAAGCACGCCAAGGCCAUGGCGGCCACCGUGGCUCUCCAGGCCAUGGGGGAGAUCGCCGGGGACAGCAUGCACUCGGGACCCGUGUUCACCGCAGCCACCAGCACCUGAAUACCCGAACGAAGAGAGAGAUUCUUAGAUGUAUAUAAAUAAGAUAAAUAAGAAAGCGACUGACUGCACAUGUAAUAUGUUGUAAUAUGAUGAGGACGCGUUUUUAUUCGAUUCGUCUUUUAAGUUUCUUUGAUUUGGAAACGUGGUCUGUCUUUAAUAAAUGUAAUAACGUUGAAAAUUAAAA